AUGUGUGAUGUUGAAAUGAAUUUAACUCGAGCUUUAUUAAAUCCAAUUGUAUAUGAUAAAUCAGUACGGCCAGCAGUUAGUCAUACUGAUGUAACAAAUAUUUCAUUUGAUCUCUCAUUAGCUCAACUUAUUGAUGUUGACGAAAAAAAUCAAAUUAUUACAACAAAUCAAUGGUUAACUAUGAGUUGGCUUGAUCCAAAACUUACUUGGAAUCCAUUAGAAUGGGAUAAUGUUAGUUUACUUCAUAUUAAAUAUGAUAAAAUUUGGUUACCUGAUAUUGUUUUGUAUAAUAAUGCUGAUAAUCUGGCAUCAUUGAGUCAAAUAUCAACAAAUGUCAUGGUGUCUUCGGAUGGUAUGGUUACAUGGUUAUCAACGGGUAUUUUUAGAAGUUCAUGUGCUGUUGAUGUUCGCUUUUUUCCUUUUGGCCCAGAAACAUUUCCUGAUUUAACUUAUGUAGUACAAAUGCGUCGUCGUCCAUUGUUUUAUGUAUUUAAUAUGAUACUUCCAUGUUUUCUUAUUACAACUGUUGCUUUUCUUGGUUUUUGUGUUCCAUCUGAUAGUGGUGAAAAAGUACAAAUCGGUGUAACAACUCUUCUUUCAAUGACCGUUUUUCUUAUGCUUGUUACGGAUAGUAUGCCGCCUAAUUCAGAAUCUUUACCCUUAAUUGGUAUUUAUUAUUUUUCUGCAAUUAUAAUUGUAAGUAUAGCAACAGCAAUGUCUGUUGCAUCUCUUAAUCUAUAUCAUCAUGGUAAACAUAAUCCUCAUCCAGUUCCAAAAUGGUUAGCUCGUAUAUUUUUUAUAAUUGUUCCUAAAUUACUCUUUAUGAAAAUUGAACUUCCUACAAAUUGGCAAGUUCGUCGAAGUAGUCUUCUUAAAUGCAUGUCAUCAUCACCAACUAAAACAAAGAAAAAACAAACCAAACAACCACCUAAUAAAUAUUUAGCAAAUAAAUAUGAUUGUACAAAUAAAAAUAAUAUUUUACAGAAUGGUAAAAUGACAUUAUAUGAAGAUUCUGUUGAGAAUGAUCCAACAAUCGCAACAAGCUCAUUGACAUAUUCUGAUAAUCUUCAUUCAUGUGAUUUUUAUACAUCUCCGCCAUUAAUUCUACGUUCGUAUACAUCAUUUCAAUCGUCAACUAAUUCAUCGAAUAAACAACAGCAUCAUCAUCAACAACAGCAACAACAAAAAUUUAAUGAUAAAGAUAAUCAGAAUUAUCUGCAUGAAUCAUCAAAUAGAAUUACGAAUAAUUUAAAAUCAUCUAUUGAUUAUAUUCAUCGUCUUGUUGAACAAAAUGAACGUCGUUAUGAACAACAAGAACGUCUAACAACAGUAGGACAAGAAUGGCAAAUAUUAAGUCGAGUUGUUGAUCGUUUACUUGUUUUUGUAUUUUUAGUUAGUAAUAUACUUGUUUUUUUUUAUUAUUUUUCGUCAAGCACCACUUUUAAGAUUAAAAUAAAAGAAUAUAUUUAUUUAAGAAGAUUUUUACGUUCAAUAUAG